UAAAACGUAACCCUAAUGUUAUCAAAACUAAGUGUCAAUCUACCAAAUCAUACCCUCUGCUUCUCUACUCUCUCUCGCUCACUCUCUUCUCGACGGCGCGCACCUCCAUCGUUAGGGUUCCUCUUCAUCGCUCAUACCUCCAUCGUUAGGGUUCCUCACCACCGUGCUUCCAUCAUCAAACCACACCUUCCUUCUGCUCUGCUUCGUUUUCACCUCACCGUGCUUCAAUCAAUCAAACCACACCUUCCUUCUGCUGCUUCGUCUUCACCAUCGCUUCCAUCACUCAAGCUCGUGUGGGUUCUGCUUCUUCUUCACCGAGCCCGUCCGCUCCAGCGCGACUGCAUCCCACGGCGCGCCGCACCUUCCGCUGCCAUUAUCAAGAUUUUGAUGCUUGAGUUUUGUGCUUUCCAAAACAUUGAUCUUUGCUGUUAUGGGAAAGGACGAAGUCCUGGGAAAUGGUUCAAGAACUUACUUUUGGGGAAGAAGAAAUCAUCAUCAAAGUCUAAUUCAUCAAAGAAUGAUGAUAUUUUUAAACCUUCAAGUAACAAGGAUGUGCUGGGGUCUUCUGAGGUGUCUGUGUCGGCUCAAACUGUGGAUUCUUUGAUCAUAUCCGCACCUCUAUCUGGAACUAAUGCUACUCAAGGAGUGGUUUCAGAAAAGGAAAUAGUUAGCAGGCCAUCGAAUGACAGGGAUGUUCUUUCAAAUGGAGAUAAAGAGGCUCAUGCUCAGCCUAUUGCUAAUGUGGAAACUAUCGAGAAACUCCAGCUUACAGAAGCAGCUAUAAAACUUCAGGCUGCCUGCAGAGGCUAUCAGGCUCGUCGAGCAUUUCAAACACUCAGAGCUAUCACACAACUGCAAGCUCUUAUCCGUGGCCACCUGGUUAGAAGGCAAGCUGUUUCUGCAUUAUAUUGUGUGAAAGGAAUUGUUAAAUUUCAAGCAUUGGCUCGCGGUUACAAUGUUAGGCGUUCUGAUGUUGGGCUUGCAGUCCUGAAAAUUCGAAAGGUAAAAGUAAUUAGAUUAAUUCAGCAAGUACAAUGAUCUGGGCAUUAUUCUUAAUGUUUUGGCCUUCUUAAUGAUCUGGAUAAAAUAAAGUACCCUAUAAUAAAUCAUGUUUUGGCCUUCUUAAUGUUUUGGCCCUAUAGGAAAACUAUGCUCCACCUGACCCCUUCACCUUAUUAGAACUUCUGCUGGUCUUACAUGCCCAAGCAACAUAAGGCAAUAUUCUAUCAUCUUUUCUACAAUAGUUGCUACCCCAACUCAGCUUUAAUAAAUUUAUUGUUAAUCCAAUCUUAUCUUGUGUGGGCACAUAUCCAUGACAACACUCUCAUCUUUUUAGCAUUAAUUUUACUUCUUGUUGGUUGUUUGCUGCCCAAUAUUCGAUCUGGUAAACCAUCACUUCACUUGUCUUAUAACUAUGGUAAUAUUUUUCUUCUUAGCUUGAUUGAGUAAGGCUCAUAGAGAUAAGAAGAAGCCAAGGUGGCUUGGAGAUCAUGUAUGGAAUGGGCUAUGUGAGCAUUGGGAAACUCCGAAGUUCAAGGAGAAAAGUGUCAAAGCAAAGGCAAAUCGGGCAUCUGAUCGUG